AUGCCGUGCGCACAAGGACUCAGUACCAUCCGUCUGAGGACGGUCAUCCAUGUCUUACUUCUUAUUUUCAUCUCAUCUUCCGAAUCUCAACGCCUAUGCUCCGACAGCUCGCCAACUUCUCCCGGAUGUAUCUGUCCCCCCGGUCUGACCAACUCCCCCGAUUGCAACCGACUCAUUUGUGGCAAUCCUUACCAGAAUUCAACGUCGAGAGCGCCCUUCGAUCCAACCUUAGCAGGGGCAUCUGGCAACUUGGGCUGCGGCGAGCAGUGUAGCCCUGGGUUUGCAGGGUCUAGCUGUAAUAUCUGUCAAAACACCGAUGGAUGUCAAAAAGGAAUUUCGUCCGCUUCUUCUGGCUCCGCAACUCCUUUCGGCUUAAGUUCGGUCGCGACUGGUGAUGUGAUUUGUAGCAAGGAGCCCAUCGCAUUCACCGCCAACUUUGGCGAAUGUUCAAUUGAUAAUCCUAUGGUCAAAUCCUUACUUCCCGGCAGGAUUCAAGCCUCCGUCCAGCGCUACCCCGACCCCUCGUCAGCUUCAUUGCCUCCCUCGAACAUCGCGGGACUCCCAGCCGGGUGGACGACUGUCCAACUGGCGUAUGCACCCAACACUACGGCGCCGCUGCAAAAUCAAUUCUCAUGCCAAGCCAACGAUUGCAUCCAGCAAGUCAGCAAGGACAUAUACAGCAUGUCAUGUCAAUCUUUGAAAUGCAAAUGUAGCACGGGUAGCUUUCUGUGCGGAGGAGGGCCGCUUGAUCUCACGACAACUAUCACUACAAUCAGCGGCGAGGUUGGGAUGGACUGUCCUUUGAGUAAUGAUUCUGCCACAUCAGGAGCGGCGGGACCCUGUCACAUCAAACUGGGGCUUUUGAAGAACAUUUUUGGUCCUCAAGGUUUCAGUCUCAACGAAUGUCAGUUCGGAGAAUGUGUUCAAAAGAGGCUUGCUGCCUCCAAGCGGAACGAGCUGAUGAAUGUGGACCAGUCGACAAUAGGAGGCGGGGUGAUUGCUGGACUGGUAGUUGCGGCGCUCAUAAUUGCCGCUUUAUUUGGGAUCAUCGGUUUCGGCUUUUACCGCCAGCGCAUUGCAAGAAAAACCACAGGAAGUUCAUAUUCUUCUACAUCAGCCGCUGCUCAGGUCGAAUGGAAAAACUUGAGAUAUUAUCUCCCAUCGAAGUCUGGCGCCAGUUCAAUUCUUCGCAGGCGUAGGGUUCAUUCAGCGAAUACCGCGCAUUUGGAAGCAACCAAGUACCCGACUAGAUCAUCCACCUGUUCUCAUGCAUCAAACACACUCUCCUCCGGCCCUCAAAUUCUUUGCGGCCUGAGUGGCUCUUUGGGAGCUGGCACUAUGAUGGCAAUAUUAGGACCUUCCGGAGCGGGUAAAAGUACGUUCUUGGAUGUUCUGGCCGGUCAACAAAAGUCAGGAAAAGUUUGUGGGCGAAGGAACAUAUUUCUACCCAGUGAGCCCGAGGAGCCGAUAGUGGUUGGAUUUGUCGAUCAAUCAGAUAUCCUUCCACCCACAAGCACAGUGCGAGAAGCACUUAUGUUUUCAGCUCGGCUGAAGCUACCCGAGCACGUGUCACACGAAGAACGAAAGCGUCGGGUCCAGGAAGUUGUUGAUUUGCUUGGUCUCUCCAACGUGGUUCAUUCACCCAUCGGAGACGACGAAAAACGAGGUUUAUCGGGUGGUGAACGUCGACGAUUGAGUAUCGGGCUUGAACUGAUAGCUCGACCCUCAGUUUUGUUCCUUGAUGAGCCUACAUCUGGCCUCGACUCAGUUUCUGCGCUGCGGGUGGUAAAUGUCCUCAAGGGACUAUCGACUGGAGCUGAUGAAGGACACGGCACAACAAUAAUCUGUAGCAUUCACCAGCCGAGCUCACAGAUAUAUCAUGCCUUUGAUCAUGUUUGCCUGCUCGCACCAGGUGGUCGUCAAAUCUAUUGUGGGCCCACCUCUGAAGCCGUUGGGUAUUUAGGGUCCCGGGGACUGAAAUGCCCCCCAGAAUACAAUCCUGCCGACUUUUUGCUCGAGGUGGCGUCUGAGCCGCCGGUCGGGUUUCUGGAGCAUUGCAUGGAGUCGGACCAGGCAAAGUCUGAAAUCGAAAAGGACGAAUCAUCUGCACAUUUUCCACCGCCUGCCCCAAAGAACAUAGUGGGAAAGUUUGGCGAACCUAGUGCUACGAUGAUCACCCAGCUGCAAGUGAUUUCACACAGGGAGUGGUUAUGCUUGAAGAGGGAUCCGAGCUUGUUUUGUUUCCUGAAUAUAUUAUCAAUCAUUAUUGGAGUCUUCGUCGGUGCCAUGUUUUUUCAAGUAAACCUGAAAAUCUCCGGGUUUCAAAAUCGAGUUGGCUCCAUGUUUUUCACAUGUGCAGUAUUUGUGUUCAGCUCUUUGUCAGCGUUGACAAAUUUUUACCGCGUGAGGGUACUGUUCAUGCGGGAAAGGGCUGCCGGAUUUUAUUCCCCGACGGCAUGGCUAAUCGUUCGCGCAGGGUUUGAUGUGAUUCCAUUGAGGGUUUUGCCCAUGUUAACCAUGGGAACUAUAAUCUACUGGAUGGUAGGCCUGACGAAUGAAGGGUCGCAUUUUAUCAAAUACCUUUUGGUCUUACUCGAGCUAGGUCUGGUCCAAACCAUGUUCAGCAUGUGGCUGGGGGCCACCAUUCGCAACCUAGGGACAGCGGUAUUCCUAGCUAGCAUGGCCAACUUGCUUCAACUUGGCUUUGCUGGAUUUUUCGUCAACUUGACUAGCAUGACAAAGGUGCUGAGGUGGGUCCAAUACGUGAUACCCCUUAAGUUCGCCUUGGAGGCAAUGUCUGUCAAUGAAGUUGCGGCGGGCUUAAUGAUUGAUGAUAACCUCCAAGGCAUCAAUGUUAAAGUGUCAGCUGGUAUGAUCAUGGGGCUACUGUUUGGAUUUGAAGAUGAUGCGUAUUGGAGGAAUGUCAUCAUCUUGUUUGGAUUUUUCUUAUUUCUAGCCAGUCUCUUGAUUCUUACAGUUAUCCGCCGAUUGAAACAAGUGAAGUGA